CUAUAGUUUACAAUUUGUGAAGUAUAUCGUGUGUGUUAUUAAAUCAGUCUCUCAGAAUUAAGUUAAAAAGUGAGCUAUAGUGCAUAUAAAAGUUAUCAAAGUACACUAUAAAAGUGGCAAGUGUUAAGUUUUAAACCAAAACGAGUUACGACGAAGUUUAUAUAAAUGUGCGUUUUGAUAUUGUCGCGUGCGGAAGGACCGAUGUGAGGUGUCCGCGGCCCGCGGCCUAUUCGUACAGUGCCAUGGACAACGUCGGAGAAAGCGCCAUAACUAUAGGCACUGCCGAGAAUGAGGAACAACUGAAUAUUAGUGAUGUUUUUGAGGCGAUCACAUUGGCGGACCCGACGUUCGGCGCGGGCGCAGGCGCCGGCAUAGACGAUAGCAUGGCGCGCCGCGACCAGCCCUACGUAGAGAUCGUCGAGCAGCCGGCCAGUAAGGAAAACUUCGACCACAAGAACCACCCUCAGAGCAUCGACUUGAACGCGGUGCGACUAUGCUUCCAAGUGUUCCUGCCGGACGAGUCGGGGCGGCUGCGGCGGCCGCUCGCGCCCGUCGUGUCCGACGUCAUCUACGACAAGAAGGCCAUGAGCGACCUCCACAUCAUGCGCUCCAGCCACUGCUCCGGGCCGGCUCGGGGCGGCACGCAGGUUAUUCUGCUGUGUGAAAAGGUGACCCGAGAAGACAUAGAAGUGGUAUUCUACCAAGAAGAGAAUGGACACGUAGUGUGGGAGGAGAUGGCGAUCAGGAUCCUCGUGCACAAGCAAGUGGCCAUCGCCUUCGAAACCCCCGCGUACAGGUUCCCUAACAUCACUGACCAUGUGAACGUGCAUUUCCAGCUGAAGCGCAUGUCGGACAACGCCCGCAGCAACUCGCUGCCGUUCGAGUACAUCCCGGACUUCUCAGAUAUGAGUAGUAAGAAGCGAAAGGUGUUACGAAGCUACGAACUUGAAAGGAUGUACUCGCCGGAGCAGCAGCAGAUCAAAUCGGAACCAAGAGAUCGGACUCCACCUCAUCAUAAUAUUGGCAGUUCACCCCUUCAUGGCUACCCUCAACAAUAUGAACCGAACUGGGCCCUAGAGGGCAUGCAGACGGGCAUGCCGGUGGCGGGCCCCAGCCAGCUGGGCGCGUUCGGCGGCGACGUGUGGGGCGCCGCGCUGCCGCCGCUGCAGCCGCUGCAGCCCAUGUCCCCCGCGCUGCAGCCCUACGCGCCCGACCGCAUGUCGCCGCACAACCAGGGCAUGUCGCCGCAUGCCCAGGUCAUGUCCCCGCAUGCGCAGGUCAUGUCCCCACAUGGACAGGUCAUGUCCCCGCACGGACAAGUUAUGUCUCCUCACGGACAAAUCAUGUCCCCUCAUGGACAAGUCAUGUCCCCGCACGGGCAGAACAUGCAAGUCGUUUCCCCGAUGGGCCGGAUAUCCCCCAACGUGCACCCGGCGCAAAACAUGGGCCACAUAUCGCCCAACCUGGUGCAACAACAGCCCGCAUAUGCGCAGCAAGCCCAACAGAGCAUGAUGGACACGGAGCACAGCGCCACGUCGCUCAGCAACCUGCUGCUGGACCGCGGCGAGCCCCCGCUGCUGCUCAACUCCAGCGAGCUGUCGGGCCUGUCCGCGCUGCUGGGCGACCGCGCCGAGCCGCAGCCGCUCGACUACUGAGCGGCCACUCCCGCCACUCCCGCCACUCCCGGCUAGCUCUGCCAACCUGCCACCGAGCAGUGCGAGCGCGCCCUUAUCGGUGCCAGCGAACCAUAUCAUAGUUAUAAAUAAUAAUAUGAAACGAGUUUAUGAAACAAACAUUUUGACAUUAAUUGAUUUCUGAGUUUAAUUUGACGGUUAUUUAAUGUAGUAAAUAAGUGAAAAAUCAUAGACAAGCCUCAGUGGCGCACUCUAUAAUGAUGUACGAAUUUAAUUCACGGACUUGCACGAUGCGUGGUGUAAGUGACUCGAUCCCGGAGUAAAGAUCCCGGCACUGAAACCGGGAUGUGGUUUGUAAUCUACUUUAUAAUUGGUAUUUACGUUAAAUAGUUAUAUUUGCCGAUCUGGGAUUCUACUUUAAGUGAUUAGCAAAAGAAAUGUUAACGACUGUUGAAAUCAUAUAAAUCACUGCAUUAUCAAAGCUUCUUCUCUGUAUGUAUACACAUCCAUGCUUUUCAACAUCACAGUUAUGUUUUAUCAGUAAAGUCAAAUAAGUGAUACAAAAUAAAAAUAAAAAAUUACAAUACUUUAUUACACUGCAUCACAAUCAAACGAUGUUAAAUAUCGCGUUGCUUAUUAUAUAUAUUGCUUGUGUUAUGUUAAUUUGUUAAAACUAGUGUAUUUGGUAUUUAAAACCUCAAACAGCACCGUUAUGUAUAACUUAAGGAUUAAGUAUCUAGAUCUCUAUAGUUUAUUUUAAACAGCAAAACAAUAUUGCAAGAUUAUUUCGCAUUUCUCUAUCCCGUUGGCGUUAAUUCUGCACAAUACAAUCCGUCAACAAAGCUUGAUUAAGACAAAAAAAGUACACUCAUUAUAAGAAAUAACAAAAAACAUCAAGUAAUGAAAAUCAAAACGUGUAAAUAUUUAUAUGUGU